AGGCCUCCAUUUUCCCACAGUGCCCCGCGCUGGGGGAAAGAUGGCGGCGAGCAGUGGAGCGGAGGCCGGCAGCGCGGCGGCGGGCGCGCCGGGGCCGGUAUCGUUCGGGUUCAGCCGUAAAGCGGAGCGGAGGCGGGUGCUGCCGGCCGGGCCGUGCGCGGAGCCCGGCGGCAGCGGCACUGGAGACACCGAUUUCCUCACGGCGGUGGAGGGUCGGGAGCUGCUGAGCGCCCGGCCGGCCCCGCCCCCUCCGCAGGAGCUCGUGAUCCCGCUGGUCCCCUCCCACCGCUGGAGGAACCCGGAGCCCCCCCCGCCCCGCGGGGACUCAGACCACGCCCCCUCCGCCGCAAGCCCCGCCCCCUGCGAGGACCACGCCCCCAGCCCCGCAGGCUCCGCCUCCUCGGUGGAGGCGCAGGCGGUGCAGGAGCUGCUGCAGGAGGCACGGCAGAGCCAGGAACAAGCUGAGGGGGACCCCGGACCCCCCAUCUCCAUCCCCAUCCGGCUGCAGGACCGGGACAUUGCUUCACGGCCACAGCCUGGCCCGCAGGACUACGCGGCAGUGCCGGUGCAGGCCUUUGGGCUCGCCAUGCUGCGGGGCAUGGGCUGGAGCCAGGGCGAGGGCAUCGGCCGCACCUUCAAACGCGUGGUGAAGCCCCUGGAGCAGCGGCUGCGCCCCCGGGGGCUGGGGCUGGGAGCAGAACCAGCCCCCCCCGGCCCCCCCCGGCCCGGGCAGCCCCCCCGGGGGGGUGAGGACCCCAAUGAGGGGGGGCUGACGGUUGGAGCCAUGGUCUGCAUUGAGGCCGGACCCCACCGGGACAUGUACGGGAAGGUGGAGGGGCUGGAGCCAGAGACCGGCCGCGCCGUGGUUCGGCUGGAGCUGGGGGGGCAGGCGGUGACCGUCAGCCAGUACAGCCUGAGGCUGGGCCCCCCCCCGGCCAGGGGCCACUCCAAGGGGAAGGAGGCUGAGGAGGAGCCGGACCACAGCGACCCCCCCCAGCGGGGGGGGGACAAGAGGAAGCAGCAGCCCCCUGGAACAGAGAGAUCCGAGGAGCCCCCCCCGGGCCCCCCCCCGUGGCUGCGGCGGGACCUGCGGGUUCGCUGCAUCGACAGAGGCUUCCAGGCCGGGCGCUACUACAAUUGCAAAAUGGUGGUGGAGGACAUGGUGACCCCCGACACCUGCGUGUGCCGCACGGAUGAGGGGCUCCUGGUGGAGGGCCUGCAGGAAGCCAUGUUGGAGACCGUCAUCCCCCGGGGCGAUGGCGACCGCGUUAUGGUGGUGCUGGGCGAGCACAGGGGCAAGGUGGGCCGGAUCCUGGAGCGGGAGCCGGCGCAGAGCCGGGCGCUGGUGCAGCUGCAGCGGGACGAGGCCGGGGGGCGUGUGGUGCCACUGGAUUACGACUCCAUCUGCCAUUACAUGGGGGGGCAUGAAGACGAUUGAGGUCCCCCCUCUUGAAACCAUCCACCAGCUUCCAACAUGGCUGCCUCCACGGUGGCUUCAGGGGAAUAAAUCGUGCCCAAAUGACA